AUGGGCAUUUGGUGGACACUUUGCUUUUUAAUUUUCCUGGACAACACCUGGGGACAGGAACAAAUCUAUGUUAUUUCAACACCGAAAGUCUUCCAGGUCGGAGCAUCUGAAAAUGUUGUAAUUCAAGCCCAUGGCUACACCGAAGCAUUUGAUGCGACAAUCUCUUUAAGAAGUUAUCCUGACAAAAAUAGGACCUACUCUUCAGGCUAUGUUAAUUUAUCUCCAGAAAAUAAAUUCCAAAAUUCGGCAGUGUUAACAGUUCAGACCAAACAGUUGGGUGAAGCACAAAGCUCAUAUUCAUAUGUGUAUUUGGAAGUUGUGUCGAACAUUUUUCAAAAUCAGAAAAAAAUGCCAGUCCUCCAUGACAAUGGCUCUCUCUUCAUCCACGCUGACAAGCCUGUCUACACACCACAGCAGCCCGGUAGAGUAUCUGGACUCAUAGAAGAAGCAGAAUUGGCAUGCUUUGUUUGUUUUAACCUUGUGUACAGUAGAGAACUUCUACUUUUGGCCGACAUUGGUGAUGUCCACAGUGAGGUGGAACAGGACGGUGUGGUCAUCAUCCCAUUUGGCAGGAUCACCUGUUACACUGUCUUAGAAAGAAAGACCUAG